AUGGCGGCGGGGCGCGCGCCGUGGCUCGCCGGCGGCCUUGUGGCUGUGGCGGUGCAGCUGCUGAUCGUGGCCGUGCGCGGGCGGUUCGUGGUGGAGAAGAGCAGCGUGCGGGUGCUCGCGCCGGAGCACAUCCGUGGCCACCACGACGCGGCCAUCGGCAACUUCGGCGUGCCCGAUUACGGCGGCACGCUCACCGGCGUCGUCAUCUACCCGGACAAGAAGGCCACGGGGUGCGACGAGUUCGACGCCAAGUUCAAGGCCAAGUCCCGCCGCCCGGUCAUCCUCCUGCUUGACCGUGGAGACUGCUACUUCGCGCUCAAGGCGUGGAACGCGCAGCGCGCGGGCGCGGCGGCGGUGCUGAUCGCGGACAGCGUGGACGAGCAGCUGCUGACGAUGGACAGCCCCGAGGCGUCGGCGGGCACGGAGUACGUCGACAAGAUCAACAUCCCGUCGGCGCUGGUGAACCGCGCGUUCGGCGAGUCCCUGAAGAAGAUGGCGCAGAAGGUGGCCUCCGGCGACGACGGCGCGGGCGAGGAGGUGAUCGUGAAGCUGGACUGGCGGGAGUCGAUGCCGCACCCGGACGAGCGCGUGGAGUACGAGCUGUGGACCAACAGCAACGACGAGUGCGGCCCCCGGUGCGACGAGCAGAUGGCGUUCGUGCGCGGGUUCCGCGGCCACGCGCAGCUCCUGGAGCGCGGCGGCUACGCGCGCUUCACGCCGCACUACAUCACCUGGUACUGCCCCGAGGCGUUCCGGCUGACGCAGCAGUGCCGGUCGCAGUGCAUCAACCACGGCAGGUACUGCGCGCCGGACCCGGAGGGGGACUUCGGCGCGGGCUACGAGGGGAAGGACGUGGUGGUGGAGAACCUAAGGCAGCUCUGCGUGCACCGCGUCGCCAACGACACCGGCCGACCCUGGGCGUGGUGGGACUACGUCAUGGACUACAAGAUCCGCUGCUCCAUGAAGGAGAAGAAGUACACCAAGACCUGCGCCGAGGACGUCGUCACCGCGCUCGGUUUGGAUCUCAAGAAGGUGCUGGAGUGCAUGGGCGACCCCGAGGCCGACGCCGACAACGCCGUCCUGUCCAAGGAGCAGGAAGACCAGAUCGGUAGCGGGUCGCGAGGCGAUGUCACCAUUUUGCCGACCCUGGUCAUCAACAACGUUCAGUACAGAGGGAAACUGGAGCGGACGGCAGUGCUCAAGGCCGUGUGCGCCGGCUUCAAGGAGGGGACGGAGCCCCGCGUCUGCCUCAGCCAUGACAUCGAGACGAACGAGUGCCUGCACAGGAACGGCGGGUGCUGGCGCGACGAGGCCACCAACGUGACCGCCUGCCAGGACACGUACCGGGGCCGGGUGUGCGAGUGCCCCGUGGUGAACGGCGUCCGCUACGAGGGCGACGGCUACACUCACUGCAAACCUAUUGGGCCGGGCAGGUGCGCUCUGAACAACGGCGGGUGCUGGUCGGAGACGAGAGGGCAACAGACUUUCUCCGCCUGCACGGAGACCGCGCUGACCGGGUGCCGGUGCCCGUCGGGGUUCCACGGCGAUGGCCACAAAUGUGAAGACCUGGACGAGUGCAGGGAGAAGCUGGCGUGCACAUGCCCGGACUGCCAGUGCAAGAACACGUGGGGCAACUACGAGUGCAAGUGCAAGGGCAACCAGCUCUACAUCCGCGGCGAGGACGUCUGCAUAGCUAACAACAUGUCGAAGCUCGGCUGGUUCAUUACCAUCGCGGCCGUGGCGUGCGUAGUAGGCAUUGGGGUCGCCGGCUACGCUUUCUACAAGUACAGGCUCAGGUCGUACAUGGACUCGGAGAUCAUGUCCAUCAUGUCCCAGUACAUGCCGCUGGACAGCCAGAACAACGAGAACCAGCCUCUACGGCAGCACGACUCGGAAGCUCUGAGGUAA